GACGGAGAAGUGCGUUUUAGUAUGAUUACAGUCCAGCGCGGAGAGACACAGAUUAAACUGCUGCACACAACUGUUGUUUUAAUCCGCGGCCCGAGGAGAUUUAGCGACGAGAAAACACCGGGUUUAAACCCAGCAGCCAUAUUGUAUGGAAAAAAACGACGGGAAGGUUGUUGUCGCCGGGAAAAAGAGUGUUGUCCUCCUCAGACUCGGGAGUUUAGCGGAGUUUCAUGUUGUUUCUCAGUGGCGGAGGGUUUGUGACGGACAGCGAGCCCAGCAGCUGGUGGAGGAGUCCACGCACCGGGACUAGCUUUUCAACCCUGUUUUCAUCCGCUCGGUUAGAAACGUGUUGAAUCGACCAUCGGAAAGAUGAAGGACCGACUGGAGCAACUUAAAGCGACUUGUGAUCAAGAUGACGAAGACGUGGAGAUUGCUGUGGACAACGCAGCCUUCAUGGACGAGUUCUUCUCUCAGAUCGAGGACAUUAGGAACAGUAUUGAUAAAAUCGAUGACAACGUGGCUGAAGUCAAAAAGCUCUUCUCUGUCAUCCUUUCUGCUCCCACUUCAGAGCAGAAAACACAGGAUGAACUGGAGGCAAUCACUAAUGACAUUAAGAAGAUGGCCAACAAUGCAAGAAACAAACUCAAAACCAUCGAGAGGAAUCUGGAGUCGGAGGAGCAGGAGAGGGUCUCAGCUGACAUGCGGAUACGUAAAUCACAGCAUGCAGUGCUGUCAAGGAAGUUUGUGGAGGUAAUGACAAAGUAUAAUGAAGCCCAGGUGGACUUCAGGGAGAGGAGUAAAGGACGGAUUAAGAGGCAGCUAGAGAUCACUGGAAAGCAAACCACGGAUGACGAGCUGGAUGAGAUGCUGGAGAGUGGGAAUUCUGCUGUCUUCACUGCAGGGAUUGUGGAUUCUGGGAUAUCUAAACAAGCCCUGAGUGAGAUCGAAUCCAGACACAAAGACAUCGUGCGUCUGGAAAGCAGCAUCAAGGAACUGCACGAUAUGUUUGUAGACAUUGCCAUGUUGGUGGAGAGCCAGGGUGACAUAGUAGACAACAUAGAGCAGAAUGUAUCCAAGUCACAGGACCACAUAACAGUCGCUAAGGAGCAGACCAAAAAAGCUGUAAGGUACCAGACCAAAGCUCGCAAGAAAAUGAUCAUAAUAGCGGUGGUUGUGGCGAUCUUGCUGGCUGUACUAGCUCUCAUUAUCGGGUUGUCAGUGGGACUGAAGUAAAGCUGAUGAUACCUGAGUAAGAGGAGAGCUAAGGAGGAUGAUGGUUAUUGGUGCCGUCUGUGCUGUGGUUGUUCUCAUCCUCCUCAUCGUCCUCACACUAAAGCAGGACCUCUGUGUUACUGCCAAUCAUCAGUUCAUUCAUCGUCACUCCAUCCUUCCCUCCAUCAGCUGACCCACCAAAGAAAAGUUUGAUACUGGUCACCUCAGAUGGAUACAAUCAUAUUUCAUCCAAAGAUCAUCAGUUUAAAACUGCACCAAGAGUGGAGGAAGGCUUGAUGUGACAUUGGAAAGCUGGAAAAAAGAGGACCUUAAAGAAAUGCAUAACAAAAUAUUUCAGACUUUUGAAUUACUUUCAUCAUUCCCUUCCGAACCAUCGUACCUGAAUUGUGAGGGUUUGCUUGACUCCUUCAUGCAGCUUGGACAGUUUUGAGGUAGCUCUACUGUAAAUGAGGAAACAUGACUGAUACUGAGGUGAGGUAAAAUUCCCUCUGUCCUAUCUACACGUGGGCGUAAAGGGAAUUGAAAAAUAACUGAUCGUACAAUUGAGUUCCUCAUACAUGUGUGAGUAUGUGUGCAUAUACGUAGUAUCACUAAACAUUUCAUUGUGCAGCAUUCGGUGCCAAAGAAGCAGUCUGGAAGUUUUAGUCAAUCUGAAAUUUAUUAAGUCCCAGUGAGACACACAACACCUCCACUGUCUUCAUGCCUUUCCUUUAUGAGCCUCGACACAUUUGUGAUCGAAAAGCUUGCUACUGUAAUGAGUAUUUUAUUAGUUUGGAGGAUUUUCAGCACUUUCACAUUUCAAAAUAUGACUUAAUUUUUCUGAUUAGGCUCAGAUGAUAAUGUAAAUAAUAUAAUUGUUAUAUUUUAUGAAUAUCUGGCCUGAAUAUGAAGCAGAUUCUUCAGUUUUAUAGAGCAUGUUAGUUUAAAUGUUAAAUUUGUGAAGGAUGAUGCUUAUAGAAACACAUUUCAUGGCUGGGCAGAGCUAAGACGAGCAAAGAAGGAAAAGGGCUAGCGGCAUAAACAUGCACUCCUUGCUUGAAUAUUUAUCUGAACACCGUAGCACUAUAACAUUUGAAGGCAUGAGCUUUUACAGACGAGACAGUCUGUAAAAACAUGUUGUUUUAAAACCACAUGAUGUAAAAAGACAAUGCUAAUAACACAAGUGGCUCAUUUGCCAGCGGAGCCAAAAUAGUUUUUGUAUUUAUUAUGCGUUUUGGUGAAGUGUUGCUAAUAAAGUCACACAGGAUGAAGUGUAAAUGGAAAUUUUAA